AUGCCUUGCUUGCAGCGCCUCGUUAAACUCGUUUUUUUUAUUGGAUUUGUCAGUUGUAGCGGUGCCAAUGAGCUUUUAGAACGAAUCGAAUGUUUUCCAGAACGUGAAUCUAACUUUUCCGGGUAUUCAAAAGAAGCAUGUCUGAAUCGUAGCUGUGAGUAUGAUGAAACAGCACCAACAGAUAUGGUUCAAUGUUAUUUAAACUCGAAUUAUGGAUAUAUCAUACAAGGAGAUAAACAAGAAACGGCAGGUGGUUUUCAGCUAAGAUUAACACGAAAUCAGGCUGUCGAUAGCAUGUUUCCGGAUCCGAUCGAUAAUGUGAUACUUGAUGUCCAAUAUUAUACCAAUGACAUACUCAGAUUCAGACUGUAUGAUGCAAAUAAUCCACGUUAUGAAGUACCGAUUCCGUUGAAACCUUCGAACGGUCGAGCUCCAUCGCCUAAAUAUAAUUUUACUUAUCACUCGAAUUCUUCUCGUGACAAUUUAUUUUUCUUUAAAAUAACGCGUCAAGCCGAUCAAGCGACAUUAUUCGACACAUCUGCUGGAGGUCUGGUACUCAAUAAUCAAUUUCUUCAGAUAGUAUCACGACUUCAAUCACGGCAUGUUUUUGGAUUCGGUGAAAAUAAUCAUGACACCCUAAAGCAUGAUGUCAAUGACCGACGACCAUGGGGAAUAUUCGCUCGUGAUCAAGGUACUAAUGAACAAACUCGACUAAAUCAUUAUGGCACGCAUCCAUUCUAUCUCGUCAUGGAACAAUUACCAAAUACAGAUCAAGUUCCAUCAGGUAACAUGCAUGGUGUUCUUUUACUAAACUCAAAUGCCAUGGAUUACUCAUUCACACCGAUGCCAUCAGUGACCAUUCGUACCAUUGGUGGAAUUCUUGACUUUUUUGUAUUUCUUGGUCCUAAGCCUGAACAAGUAAUUCAACAAUAUACUUGGCUUGUUGGUUAUUCAAUUUUGCCGCCAUAUUGGUCGAUUGGUUUUCACCUUUCUCGUUGGGAAUACCGCAGCUUGGCAGAGAUGCAAAAAGUUAUAAAAAGAAAUCGUGAUGCUGGCGUUCCACUUGAUGUUCAACAUGCUGAUAUCGAUUAUAUGGAUGCUAGAAAAACAUUUACAAUAGAUUCGAUCAAUUAUGCAGGCAUGAAAGAGUACUUUUUGCAACUCAACAAUGAAGGUGUGAGAACAAUAAUCAUUCUUGAUCCUGCCCUAUUCGAUGAUCAAGUCAACUAUCAGCCUACGGUUCAAGGAAUUCAAGAGGACGUUUUCAUUAAAUGGAGCAAUGGAAGCGAAUUGAUGAAAGGAGCCUGUUGGCCAGGUGAAGUUUUUUUUCCAGAUUACUUCACAGCUCGAACACAACAGUGGUGGUCUCGAUUGAUCCGAGAUUUUCGACGUGAUAUGGUUUCGUUUGAUGGACUGUGGAUUGAUAUGAACGAGCCAGCUGUAUUUGAUACAAACGAAGAGAGGCCGUGGAACGCCGGUGAAACUGGUAGUAAUUAUACUUUGAAAUGCCCAGAGAACUCAUUUGAUGAUCCACCAUAUCGUACCAUGGCCGCAUUUCGAUAUGACGAAAUUAAUAAUAAAUCAAUUCGUCUUUCUCAAAAAACACUCUGUUUGUCUGCUCAACAGGGUGAAAUCGAUUCGAGUACAGGCAAGCACAAAUAUAUUCAUUACGAUGUUCAUAAUCUGUAUGGAUGGAGUCAAACCAAGCCUACCUUGGAUGCAUUGCGAGCAGCUUCUGGAAAACGAGGUUUAGUCUUACCUCGUUCAACAUUUGUUGGUUCGGGUCAAUGGAGUGGUCAUUGGUUGGGAGACAAUACUGCAGAAUGGCAUGAAAUGAAGAGAUCUAUAAUUGGAAUGACUGAGUUUAACUGGUUCGGUAUUCCAUUUAAUGGAGCUGAUAUCUGUGGUUAUUUUAACAAUGCCACAGAGGAAAUGUGUACUCGUUGGAUGCAAGUGGGUGCAUUCUAUCCAUUUUCUCGAAAUCAUAACAAUCGAGGUACGAUUGAUCAAGAUCCUGCCGCAUGGAGUACAACAUCUCUCAAUUCUAUGAUAUCUGUUCUUCGUAUUCGUUAUACUAUUCUUCCAUAUUAUUAUACACUUUUUUACAAAGCACAUACACAAGGUUCAACUGUAAUUCGACCAUUGUUUCAUGAAUUUCCUUCUGAUAAGGCAACUCUGGAUAUUUAUCUUCAAUUUCUUGUCGGACCAUAUGUGAUGAUUGCUCCUGUCACUGAUGAAGGUGCUCGAACUGUUCAAGUCUACAUUCCAUCCUCACCAUGGUACAAUUUUUAUAAUGGCUCAAUGAUUCCAGUACAAAACCAGUCUAUAUCAAUAAACGCACCGCUAGAGACUAUUCCCAUAUUACUGAGAGGUGGAGCCAUUGUACCAACGCAAGGCUUUGCCAACAAUACAAAAUUAUCAAGAAUGCAACCAUUUGGUCUAAUUAUUAUACCUGAUUUGAAUGGAAAUGCUGUAGGUGAUCUAUUCUAUGAUGAUGGUGAAUCAAUCGAUACGAUCACAGCAAAAUCGUAUUUCUUAGCGACAUUUAAAUGGUCUUCGAGCACGUCUCAAUUGACUAUGAUGGUUGAUGUAAACGGUUACAAAGAAAUGUCGAAUAUGAAGUUGAAUUCUUUGACUAUCUACGGGUUAAAACCAACACAAACUACGGUGCAUGUUGCAGGAAAACAAUUCUCCACUUCUCUGCGACCCAAUACACAGAUAGUCGAAGUUAAUGACAUGGGAUUGCCAAUGGAUCCAAGCCGUUGGAUUAUAAAUGUAGGCAGUAUAAACUUUAUCAAGUACUAUUCAUUGUGCCUUUGUUGUAUUCUAUUUCUAUUUCAAGUUAUUUUCAUUCAACAUUCAACAUUUUUCUACUAA